AUGGCAACAGAGCUGGCGAGCGAGCGAAUUCCCUUAUCUGUCUGCGGACUGCACUGCACAGUCACGAUCUUGGCAUGGGUUGGCGUGGCGGUGGCAAAGGGUGACUACAGGUACAGAACGCCCAGCACGGUCUUUGGCGCUCAGCAGACAGCCAUGAUCCUUGCCAGCUUCUCUGCAGCUGUCACCUGGGCUCUCUUUGUGCCCACAGUGCUAGCCAGCUACGCAUCCAUGGUGACUCACCACAUCUUGGACCCUGCAGUGCUGGUUUCCCACAGCAGCGAUGCGCAGCUGCCAGCUCAGCUGGAGGUGAUUUUUGCAUCGCUUUGGAGUGUGGCUUCGUGGCGGGGGAUAUAUGCCGCGCUGCGCCCCUACAUCUGA